CUCAAUACACUUGCUCGGAGAUACCACACUCCAAGACUUCAACCCGAAGGAAAAUACCUUUCAUUCGUACAACCAAGGGAAACAAGCUUCCCUAAACGUGUUUACAACACUAAGAACACUCAAGAACAAGACUCUCUUUAAGAGUAGAUGUUGAGUAAACUAUAUACGCUCAAGAACAACUCAAACUUCACAAAUUGGCUCUAGAAAGCUAUGGAAAAUAAUGUUGUUUGGAUGCAAUGAUAAUAUGAAUAAAUUUGGCAUUAUCAAGACCUGUCAUAAAAACGAACACGGCUUUAGUACGAAAAAUGACAAGCCCGUGUUUCAACAACACUGGCAAUCGCAAGAUAGAUGUAAUUGUCCAACACAAUAGUCCAUCCCUAAUUCCAAAGCUGCCUAUUGAAGUCAAGAAAGGAGAGAUCACUUACAUUCCAUCUCAUCUGAACAUGACGGAACUGAUACUGGAAGCCCAACAGAGCAAUCCGGAGAACUCAACUCAACGUCUAACAGACUCUAGCCUUGAUGGAUCAGAAGUUGUUGGAACCAUUGCCUCCCACUUCUCAGAUGAUGCACAAACAAAGGAGAGAUACAACAAUCUCGGGCGCAUCAAAGAACAGUGUGGAAUUAUGCAAGGCAUUGGUGAGACUGCCGGAUCAUCAAAGCGCAGGAAGCAGUGAAGGCUUUUUUCAUCAAACCAGGGGGAAGUAUGUGAAAACAUUAUUUGGUUUUGAUGAAAACACCUUCUUGUUUAAACAUGAGUUUUGGUUUAAACAUUGCUUAAUAUCUCUCUUAAUUACGCUUAUUUUGCUUGAUCAUAU